GUGGUCUUGCUAGUUGUAUGGCUUGUAGUCGUGGGAUGUCUUGGCUUCAUGCAUGCACUUGCCUUCCUGUGCUCCCUACGCAUCUGGAUCAUUUUCUGUUGUAGCCGACGGCGCUCCGUGGAUGCGCAUUUGAGGUCAGGCUCCCAACAUGUUGGCACCACCGACCGACGACGAGCUGCUGCACGCGCAGGCCGACCUGUGGCGCCACAGCCUCUACUUCGUCACGUCCAUGGCGUUCCAGUGCGCCGUCAAGCUCGGCAUCCCCACCGCCAUCCACCGCGCUGGUGGCACCGCCUCGCUGCCCGACCUUGUCGCCGCCCUGUCCCUCCCGCCCGCCAAGCUCCCAUUCCUCCGCCGCCUCAUGCGGCUGCUGGUCCACUCGGGCGUCUUCGCCGCCGCCGACGACACCACCGGGUCGGCCGGGACGUACCGCCUCACCCCGCUGUCGUGGCUCCUGGUGGAAGGCGAAGGCGGGGCGCCCGUCGUCGACGGCCACCCGUGCCAGGUGCCCGUGGUGCUCGCCGGGACGUCCAGGCACUUCGUCGAGGCGGCGAUGGGGCUCGCGGAGUGGUUCAGGAAGGACGUGCCGGCGGCCGCGCCGCCGUCGCCGUUCGAGGAGGUGCACGGCGCGGUGCUGUUCGACGAGAGCAUGGCGAGCCUCCACCCGGAGGUCGACACGGUCUUCAACCAAGCUCUCGCGGCGUACGACCACUCGGGCUUCGCCACGGUUCUGAGGGAGUGUUCCGAGGUGUUCCAGGGGGUGCAGUCGCUGACCGACUGCCGCGGCGGCGAUGGCGCAGCGGCGAAGGCCAUCGUCGAGGCGUUCCCACAUAUCAAGUGCACCGUGCUGGACUUUCCCCGGGUGAUUGGCAAUAAACGCGGUGAUGGUGUGGUGAACUAUGUAGCGGGUGACAUGUUCCGCGCCAUCCCACCUGCUCAAGCUGUCAUGCUCAAGCUUGUGCUUCACCACUGGAGUGACGAGGAUUGUGUGAAAAUACUAACUCAAUGUAAGAAAGCUAUUCCAGCCCGCAAAGAUGGAGGGAAGGUGAUCAUCAUUGACAUAGUGAUUGGAGCUCCUUCUGGACCACUACUGGAAGCCCAACUCCUUAUGGAUGUGGGUAUGAUGGUGGCGACCAAAGGCCGACAGCGAGACGAAAAUGACUGGCGUGAUCUCUUCAAGAAAGCAGGCUUCAAUAACUAUAAGAUUGUGAAAAAAUUGAGAGCUCGAGCUGUCUUUGAGGUCUAUCCGUAGGGUGCUCCUAAAUACCAUGGAGGAUGUGAUCUAAGUAAAUAAAUGAAGGGAGUGCAUACUUUAUGAAAUAAAGUUUUAUAUACGUGAGCCUAUGUCAAGCUUGGAUUGUUAAUAUGUGUAAAGCAUUCUGUGUUGAAUGUUUCAUGUCAGUUAUGUCCAGUUGCUUUGUUUCGUGUGAGUUAAUAUGUCCAGUUGCUUACGUUAAUGUGUAAAACUUUUGUUCAUAUAUCUGUGGAUGGAUGGAAUACUUUCAGCAUGCAAACAUGACAAUUUGACAUCA